AGGCGGCGGGACCCACUGCUCCUCCCCCCUAGAGCCCCCGCGCGGCCCCCGGUCGCCCCGGCAGCAGCAGCAGCGGCGCUCGCACUCCCGGCCCCGGCGGGCCCCGGCGGAGCAGCCCGCACAGGUCCCAGGAAGGUGGCGUCAGCAUCUGCAGCCGCGUCGACGUCGUUGAAGCUUCCGCGGAGGACCAGGAGAGCUGGGCUAGAACCAGGGCCCGGGGCCUCCCCACACGCUCUAUGGAGACGCCUGCUGCCUCAAUAGAGCCCCAAGGGCCUCGGCCAGUCCUGGGCCGUGACAGCGUCCAGGUGCCCGACGACGAGGACUUCCGCAGCUUCCGGUCAGAGUGUGAAGCCGAGGUGGGCUGGAACCUGACAUAUAGCAAAGGCGGUGUAUCUGUGUGGGUGCAGGCUAUGGAGAUCGACCGGACACUGCACAAGAUAAAGUGCCGGAUGGAAUGCCGUGAUGUGCCAGCUGAGACACUCUACGACGUUUUACAUGACAUCGAGUACCGAAAGAAGUGGGACAGCAACGUCAUCGAGACUUUUGACAUCGCUCGCUUGACAGUCAACGCUGACGUGGGCUAUUAUUCUUGGAGGUGUCCAAAGCCCUUGAAGAACCGCGAUGUCAUCACCCUCCGCUCCUGGCUCCCCAUGGGCACUGAUUACAUCAUUAUGAACUACUCUGUCAAACAUCCUAAAUACCCGCCUCGGAAAGACUUGGUCCGAGCUGUGUCCAUCCAGACGGGCUACCUCAUCCAGAGCACGGGGCCCAAGAGCUGCGUCAUCACCUACCUGGCCCAGGUAGACCCCAAAGGCUCCUUACCCAAGUGGGUGGUGAAUAAAUCUUCUCAGUUCCUGGCUCCCAAGGCCAUGAAGAAGAUGUACAAGGCAUGCGUCAAGUACCCUGAGUGGAAGCAGAAGCACCAGCCGCACUUCAAGCCGUGGCUACACCCUGAGCAGAGCCCGUUGCCGAGCCUGGCGCUGUCGGAGCUGUCGGUGCAGCACGCGGACUCGCUGGAGAACAUCGAUGAGAGCGCUGUGGCCGAGAGCCGGGAGGAGCGCACGGGAGGCGCAGGCGGCGAGGGCAGUGACGACGACACCUCGCUCACCUGAGUGCGGCACCACCGCAGGGACUGAGACUGGACCUGGGGGCUGAGCCUGGGGGCAGCGGAUCCUCAGGCACCCUGCCUCUCUCCGCCUCCCUGCAUUUCCUGGGGGCGCUAGGCUCAGACCCAGGUGGGUGGGACGGCCUGGCCUGGUCACAGGCCCAAUAAACGAUCCCACAGCCUCAGCCCGCUUAUCAUUGUGCCCACUUUUCACCUGCCCCCGGUCCUUUAUCUGUCCUUUAUCUCCUCCUCCCGCGGCUAAUUUUGUUAAUUUUGUUAAUGAGCGCCAGGCCCUUGCUCUUUUAAGCACCCUCUCAUUUCCCCUUGUGUACUUGGGGGUUUGUCACCCCCUCCUCCUGUCCAUCCUUCCUUUCCAUUCUCCUUGUGUCUGUUCAUUAGUUCAGUCUUCAUCCAGCGACUUGUCCUUGUUCCAUGUUAUUUUGCCUUUCACCACACCCCAUUUGGUUACCUUCACUGCUCUAAGAGGAGGAGCACGCCUGGCCAGAGCCCCAGAUCAGGGUUCAGAGGGCAGGGUUCUAAUGUGUGACCACACUCUCCAGUCAUCACAGAAGGGAGGGGGAGAGGCCCUAGGGUCUCAGGCCGCAGGGCCAUAGGACUCGGAGCUGAGGUUGGGGCAGCAUGUCCUGGAGGAGGAGGGUUAGGAGUGCAGGUCAGCUUCAUCAGACUCCCGGUCUGAUAACCCAAGCCCUCCCCAAGUCUUUUUGAAGACAUAAGGCCUGUGUUAACAGAAAGAGUAGUACUCCCACCCCCUGGCCAAUGCUCCCUCCAGCUGUCCUGAGGUGUUGCCUGAUGACUGGUUCUUUGUGGCUCCCAGGUGCCCUCUGCUGCCAGAGGGACACCCCGUUGUCAGGUCCAGCAGAGGGCCCUGUGCCCCAUGUCUUUGGAGUGUCUUGCACUCCGUUUGAACUGGUGGCUGGGAAGUUCCCACCCAAGGUCUGGCCCAGUCCUCCCCUCCCUCGAAGUUCCUUCUCUAGAGGUUACAGUGUACUAGGAGUCGACUCAUUUCCAGAGGAGCAGGGUGAACGGCUAGUGGCAGUGAGCAGGAGAUUCUAUAACUUAUCAAGACUUGGGUUCCAACCCCAGCUUUGUAGCUUUGGUCAAGUCUUGGAACUUCUUGGAGCCUCAGUGUCCUAAUCCAUAACCUGGGGUGAUAAUGUUUGCCUUCAAGUAGAGGUGUGAGGAAUGAGAUAAAAGGAAUAAAUUACUGAGCCUGGCAUGUAGUAGGUGCGCAAAUUAAUGAGUCUUUUCUCCUUUCAGGGCAAAUCCCUAUCCCCCAUCCUGGUGAGAUCUGUUCUUCCAAAUAUCCCCAUUGGGCAUAUGAAGAAAUAGAAGCCCAGAGAAGUUAGGGUCUCUGGCUUGACUGGCACCAGAGGUGCCCUAGAUAGAGGACCCAGGAAUGCCUAUCAAGCUUCAGGCUCUCAUCUGUAUGUGUUCAAAGGACAGGCAGGAACCUAUCUGUUCCUUGGAUAGCAAAGGCACCUGGGUAUCUGGACUUCAAACUGCACCUUCAGCCAAGGAACCUUCGCGCGCUAUGACUGGGCUGGACUCUUCCCCACCACCCUGCCUAUGAGGGAUCGGGGGCCAAGGAGAGAGGUGGGAGACCUUCGGGAGAAUGGGGUGGGGGAAGAAGUUACUGGAGGAGGUCAAGGGCCGAGGUUGUCCCGCCUCCAACCGCCCCUCACCGACCUGAGGGUCUGGACAUCUGGGGGGGGGCUGUCGCUCACUCCUGUCGGGGGCAGACUCUCCAGGAGAGGGAUGGCAAGGGCGGCGAAAAGCAAGAAGACUCGGGGAGAGGUGGAGACUUGAGCAUCGGGAGGCAGAGACCGCCCGGCGAGCAGCGACAGGGCUUGGGGAGACAGAGACGGACCGAUCCAGAAAGCUGGCCAAACCAGCUAGCA